AUGAGUGGAAUUUCGUCUAGAGGAAAUGGUGGGAAGAAAAUUCUCAAUAAGAACCAAUUGUUGAAGAGAGAUCGAAUUAGAAAUGCUAGAUCGAUUAGAGCAGAGGCAGUAGCAGCGUCAUCAAAAUCUGGCGCACCACGUGAUUUAAGUGAGUCAGGAGGUAAGCUAAACGUCGACCAAUUCAUUGGUUCUCGACAAUUCGAAGUCAAGCAGUUGCAAUUGGCCAUGCAUAAUUCCAAAGGAGCCAGUUCAACUAGAAUAUUUCAGUCGUUGCCUCGAAAACUGCGUCGUAGAACGGCGUCUCAUAAUGUUCGUAGGAUUCCAAAGAGAAUGCGUAACAGGGCUCUGAGGGAAAUGCGCAAAAGUGAUCAGCACGAGGUAUGUAAGAAUUCUUCAACUGCGGCCAGAAAAACGCAUGGUUUAAAUGCAAAACAGCUUUAUAGAGCAAGAAUGUCCGUAAAACUGCUAAGAUUGGCUAGUAAAUCUACCUCUAUGAAGCUCAGUAUGCCACCAGAGAUCACCUCAUCUAAAUGCCAUGUAAGGCAGAAAAUCAAGACUUUAGGGCGUAUGAUCAAGGAAUCUUCAAAAGCAAAUCACAAUAUGAGGUUGCUAAAUAAUUGUAUGGGGAGCCACGACACUACUGGUAUUAAUGAAUUAGCAGCUAUUCCCAAAGGUAGGAUGAAGUAUACGAAAAGGCAAAAACAUUUCACCUGGCUGCCGACCCACAUUUGGAAUGCCAAAAGAUCUCACAUGCUGAAAAGAUGGGGAUACCAAUUGGCAUGGGCACCUACUCAGAAAUGCUUUAAAUUGACACAUAGAUUAGGCGGCAACACCUGUAGCUCCGAUGGUGCUUUAUGUAUGGAUUCAAGCCAUAUCGGUACGAUUAUUAUAAAGGAUAAUAGUAAUGAUGUGACGGGUGACUUCUUGAAAUUUAUUGUGGGGAAGUUAACGGGUGGGAGAGCAAACUUAAAAAAGUAUCGCGAAGGUCAGGUUUUAUUCCAAGGGCUGGUUUAUAGCUUCAGUGAAAAUUCCUCCAAGCCACUAGGUCCAUGCGACCUAUUUUGGGUUCAAAAAGAUGUUGUGAUUUUAAGAUUACAUCCUUCAAUUUUUACUCAAAUUUUCAAUAUUCUGCUGCAACAUACGGAAAAAUUAACUGUACAAGAUUGCCGAUACUCAUUAGCGAGCGUAACCUUGAAGGGAGCCAAAGCCCUAGAAUCGUUGGCCUCUUGUUUAAGAAGCACAGAUCAUUGCAAAUCAUUUGAACAAUUCAAAAUCAUUUCGAUGAUGACCGAUUAUAACGCCCUGCCGCAGAGGUGCACGUUCGCAUUUGAAGCUAUAGAUCCACGUCAUUUAGCUGCACCAAAAAGGUUAAACGACCCGCAGAGAAAAUUGUUAAAUUUUGACGAUAUUCUAUCACUUCAGGAAAAUUAUCCUCAUGAUGAAAUAAAUGUUGUUCUGAACAAAUUAUGCGACCCGGAAUCACGUAAUCAAUCAUACAAUAACCAGAGCACUUUAAAGGGUAUUUCUGCUAGACGUUCCAAAUUAUUGACCACACCACCAAAUUAUAUUAACAAAACAACUGUUCCAUACAAAGAACAUGAAGAUCCUUCUAUUCCUUUAGUUAUAAUAAGAAGGCCAAAAACCAGCGAUUGGAUUGUUAUAUUGCCAUGGUUCUGGCUCCUACCGCUAUGGCAUCAAUUGAAUAGGAUACCAAGGAUGUAUCAUAUUGGUCUAAGGCAAUUCCAACAAAUUCAGUACGAGAAUAAACAGUUAUAUUUUCCAGAUGACUAUCCCUUCACUCAAUCGGGUUAUCUGGAAAAUUCACUCUACAAAAGAGAAGCUUCAAAAUUGAAGUGGAGUAAGAAGCCGAUGGGAAAAAGAGUGAAUUUCGAGAAGAUAAAGGACAUCCACAACACUAAAUUACCGGCAUAUAAUGGAGAAAUCGGCGAUUUUUUCAGUUCUGACUGGAGGUUUUUACAAAUUUUGAGAAACGGAGUCGAUUAUUUACAGCGAAAAGACAAGAACUUAAAACUUAUGGACAGCAAGAAGACGGGUCAGUUCAACAGCCAAGGCGUAAGAGAAAUCAGCUGUGUAAACGACGUUUUAGAAUUCUGCAAAGAUUAUGAAGCCAAGACAAAAACUAUAUCAUCACCAGUCGAAGAAGAGGUACCAAUCACAAUAUGUAAAGCCUCAAAAUGUCAGACCCUCACUCCCAAAAACACUGACUACAAUUGUUUUUCGUUUCAUCUAACAUUUUACCCACGUUGUACUAUUGCUGUGUCUUGCAUACUACUUGAACGUGGUCACCCCAAGGACAAUGCGAGAAUAUACCAAGUUCCAGAAGAGCACCUGAAGCAUUGGCUUCAACUAGCAAAAGGAGUUUACCGUUCAAAUGGAAGAAAGAACCACGAUUUAGAUAUUCCCCUUCCAGAAGUGCACGAUUUGAUUGGCUUUAUUACCAGUGGGACUUACCACUUAAACUCUGGCAACGGUAUGGGGAUCGGAUUCAUAGAUCAUCAUUCAGCCACUCAACAAUCGAAUAGAUAUGUUCUCGUUAGAAAUGUUGGCACUAAUAUUUACAGAUUGGCGAGAUGGUCAGAAAUAUCCGCGUAA